CCCACUAAACCUAGCUACACCAUUGUCACCUUCUCCACAGAGGCACACACUCUUCAGAGAGAGAGAGAGAGAGAGAGAGAGAGAUGGGAGGUCAUCUUUUGGGUGUUUUUGUUUUUUCGUUCCUGAACUUGUGUCUCCUCCAAGAGCUUGCUCUAGCAGCCACAACGAGGCACUACAAGUUUGAUAUUAAGUUAAAAAAUGUGACUCGGGUUUGCAACACCACGGCCAUCCUUACAGCAAAUGGGAAGUUUCCGGGGCCUCGCAUUGUAGUCAGAGAGGGCGAUCGCCUUGUUGUAAAAGUUGUCAACCAUUCUCCAAAAAAUGUUUCCAUUCAUUGGCAUGGAAUUCGACAGCUUCAAAGUGGAUGGUACGAUGGUCCAUCUUACAUAACACAGUGUCCGAUUCAAACUGGUCAGACUUACGUAUAUAAUUUCACCAUUGUUGGCCAAAGAGGGACUCUAUUUUGGCAUGCACAUAUUAGUUGGCUAAGAGCAACUCUUUAUGGCCCCAUAAUCAUUCUACCUAAACGUGGUGUCCCUUAUCCAUUUCCCAAACCUUACAAGCAAGUUCCCAUCCUCUUUGGAGAGUGGUUCAAUGCAGAUCCUGAAGCAAUAAUUAACCAGUCCCUCCAAACUGGUGGAGGCCCAAAUGUUUCUGUUGCCUAUACCAUCAAUGGACUUCCAGGGCCACUGUAUAACUGCUCCGGCGAUAAGGAUACAUACAAGCUGAAGGUGAAGCCUGGAAAAACUUAUCUUCUUCGCCUUAUCAACGCAGCACUCAAUGAUGAGAUUUUCAUUAGCAUUGCGAAUCAUACAGUCACAGUAGUUGAAGCUGAUGCAUCUUAUAUCAAACCAUUUGAGACAGAUAAAUUUCUGAUAACACCAGGACAGACCAUGAACGUUCUUCUCAAGACCAAACCUUAUUACCCAAAUGCCACUUUCUUCAUUGCUGCAAGACCAUACGCAACAGGCACAGGCACAUUCGACAAUUCCACUGUUGCUGCCAUUCUUGAAUACGAGUCACCAACGAAUAGUACCCUUUUAUCUAUUAUGCAACUUCCUCCAUUAAAACCAACUCUGCCAUCUCUCAAUGACACUCCCUUUGCUUUUAAUUUUUCAAGAAGAUUUCGUAGCUUGGCAAGUGUUCAAUAUCCCACUAAUGUUCCUCAGACAGUGGACAAACGCUUCUUCUUCACUGUCGGUCUAGGAACCAGUCCCUGCCCUAAAAACCAGACCUGCCAAGGACCCAAUGGAACAAAGUUUUCAGCUUCUAUGAACAACAUAUCUUUUGCACUCCCUACAACAGCCUUGCUCCAAUCUUACUUUUUUGGAAAAUCCAACGGUGUUUACACAACAAAUUUCCCUAGCAAGCCAAUCAUUCCGUUCGAUUAUACGGGGACUCCGCCCAAUAACACGAUGGUGAUUAAUGGAACCAAAGUUGUGGUUCUGCCAUUUAACACUAAUGUGGAGGUUGUGUUGCAGGACACCAGUAUUCUUGGAAAUGAAAGUCACCCUCUCCAUUUGCAUGGUUACAACUUCUUUGUUUUAGCUUCAGGGUUUGGGAACUUUGACCCCAACAGUGACCCUGCAAAUUUCAACACCGUUGAUCCUGUUGAAAGAAACACCAUCGGUGUGCCUUCCGGCGGUUGGGUGGCAAUCCGAUUUCGAGCAGAUAAUCCUGGGGCGUGGCUAAUGCAUUGUCACUUCGACGUUCACCUGAGCUGGGGUUUGAGAAUGGCUUGGAUCGUUUUAGAUGGAAACCUCCCCAGUCAGAAAUUGCCACCUCCUCCUGCAGAUUUACCCAAGUGUUGAUUUCUCAGUUCAUACACUAAUUUUCUAAUUUGUGUUAUUUAAUUCAUCCAGCGUUAGGCCUUUCCAUGGCCUAUUCACAAUUUUCUUUUCUUUUCUUUUUGAUAAUUCCUGUGUGAGGGAAUAAAAGGAUUUUGCUUUUCUUCUUCUUUUUUUUUUUUUCUUCUUUUUGCCAUUGAGUGAUUUGUGUUACCCAAGAGUUGUUUCACCAUUCUCCAGUGCUGUGGAAAGAUGCGAUAAUAAAAAUUUUUCUUUUAUAA